AUGUUGGGUGCACGCAGGGCUGCUCUGGCCGCCGCGGCGCGGCUUGCCCGCCAGGCACGCUGUUUCUCUGCGGUGUCCCGGUCCGUGUACCCCAGCCAGGAAGGCCCAGCCGUUUUCUGCUCCAAGCAGAAUGAGCUGCAGUUCAGCAGGAGCUUCGCGGCCGCUGCUGAGCCUGCGCCCGUCCCAGCUGUGGGAAAGGGAUACGUGAAGACGGUCAUUGGCGCCGUCGUCGAUGUGCAAUUUGACGGGGAUCUGCCGCCCAUCAUGACAUCCCUGGAGGUCGAGAAUUUUACGCACAGGCUUGUGCUGGAAGUGGCACAACAUCUUGGAGAGAAUACUGUGCGCACCAUUGCUAUGGACACCACUGAUGGCCUGGUCAGGGGACAGUCCGUCGUCAACACUGGAGAGCCUAUCAAGGUGCCUGUAGGAAAGGAGACCCUAGGACGCAUCAUCAAUGUCAUUGGCGAGCCUGUCGAUGAGCAGGGCCCAGUCAAUGCAAAGCACCACCUGCCCAUCCACAGAGAAGCACCGCCCUUCGUGGAGCAGAGCACAGAGCAGGAGAUCCUGGUCACCGGCAUUAAGGUGGUGGACCUGUUGGCUCCCUACCAGCGUGGUGGCAAGAUUGGCCUCUUCGGCGGUGCCGGCGUGGGCAAGACUGUGCUCAUCAUGGAGCUCAUCAACAACGUCGCCAAGGGCCACGGUGGUUUCUCCGUCUUCGCUGGAGUCGGAGAGCGCACGCGUGAGGGCAACGAUCUCUACAAGGAGAUGAUUGAGUCUGGCGUGAACAAGAUCGGCAAGGACGCGGCCGACAGCAAGUGCGCGCUGGUGUUUGGGCAGAUGAACGAGCCGCCAGGUGCUCGCGCGCGUGUGGCGCUGACUGGACUCACCAUCGCCGAGUACUUCCGUGACGCUGAGGGGCAGGACGUGCUGUUCUUCGUGGACAACAUCUUCCGCUUCACCCAGGCCAACUCUGAGGUGUCUGCGCUGCUGGGCCGUAUCCCCUCGGCUGUGGGCUACCAGCCGACGCUGGCUACUGACCUGGGCACCCUGCAGGAGCGCAUCACCUCCACCCACAAGGGAUCCAUCACCUCCGUCCAGGCCAUCUACGUGCCGGCUGACGACCUGACGGACCCUGCACCCGCCACCACCUUCGCACAUCUGGACGCCACCACGGUGCUGUCGCGUGCCAUCUCCGAGCUGGGCAUCUACCCGGCCGUGGACCCGCUGGACUCCACCUCCCGCAUGCUCGACGCGCGCAUCAUCGGAGAGGAGCAUUACAACGUCGCCCGCGGAGUCCAGCGCGUUCUCCAGGACUACAAGAACCUGCAGGACAUCAUUGCCAUUCUGGGCAUGGAUGAGCUGAGCGAGGAGGACAAAAUGACCGUCGCCCGCGCGCGCAAGAUCCAGCGCUUCCUCUCCCAGCCAUUCCAGGUCGCCGAAAUCUUCACUGGCUCCCCAGGCAAGUACGUGCAGCUGCCGGACACGGUGGCGGGCUUCAAGGGCAUCCUGGACGGCAAGUACGACGACCUGCCGGAGAUGGCCUUCUACAUGGUGGGAGACAUUGGCGAGGUCCAGACCAAGGCCGACAAGAUGGCCAAGGAGAUGGCCGAGUCCAAAUCCUAGGCACCUCCCUCAUAGCCGCUUACACCCCCCGCGGCCUCCCUAGCAUGCCACGGGGGUUGCCUAACCAGGAAAUCACAUGCUCCUUCAUCAGCAUGAUAAUACCGCCUCGUGAGUGCGAUGACCAAAGCCUGACUGGCCGCAUAGCCGGCUGGCUCUGUAACGUUGCCUCGUGAGUGCUACCUGAUGGAUGACAGCCGUGGGCGCUGGCUAGCCAGUCCCAUGCAUGCACCAAGGGAAUGACCGGGCCCUUCUGCUAGUCUGACCGUUAGAUUGGUGCAUGGCUGACGGGUUGUUUCUUGGAUGUGAUUUUGCGAUGCGAUUUUGGUUGUCCAUAGCUUAUGUGGGGUUGAGGGGUCCUUGCAUUGUGCAAAGGAGGUCGUGGUGGGGCAGUGCCAGGUCGGUUCUUGGGCAAAGGCCAAGAGAAGAGUGAGACCUGGGGGAAUGGGUUUCCAUGAAAUCAUGAGGACAGCAGAAAGCCAAGUUGUGGUGAAAGAAGGACCUUCAAGAGCACUCUAGGCAGGAGUCAAGAUCAUAAUUUGCUGUGUUCGCGCUGUGACUUGUGGUUGUUGUGCAUGUAGCCAAAUCAGCUGUGCUUCAACCUCCAUUCUUUCUCAGCUUGCAAGGUAGACCACGAAUAGUCGAGCUGGGCACCUGUAAUAUCAUUGCAGGCCUAAUC